UCCUCCUCCUCUGCGUCCUCAUCGGGAUCGCGAUCGAGGCUCCUGCGGCGAUCCCCACCGUUCGAUCCCGCGGCGAUGGACGGCGACGGGGGCGGAUCCAACGGAUCCUGCUACUACUCCCUCCUCGGGAUCCGCAAGAACGCCUCCGGCGCCGACAUCCGCUCCGCGUACCGCAAGCUCGCCCUGAAGUGGCCGGAUCGGUGGGAAGAUCCGACGCGGGCGGCGGAGGCGAAGCGGCGGGUUCCAGCGGAUCAGGAGGCGUAUUCCGUUCUUCCGACAAAGGGGAACGCGGCGAUGUACGACGCGGGGAUCUUCGACCCCUUGGAUGGCGACGACCAGGAUUUCACGGACUUCAUGCAAGAGAUGUUGGUGAUGAUGGAUAGCGUGAAAAAUGAGACGCCGGAUACGCUGGAGGAUCUGCAGAAGAUGCUGGAGGAGAUCAUCAGCGGCGACGGGGCGAGCAACGGCUACGGCGGGGCCCACGGAGACGCGCGACGAGGGCCGUCCGAUGCCCACCGCAGGACACGUGUCGCUCCUUAUCCCCAGGCGCGGCGCUGA